UCAUUUAGAAAAUGAUGCAAUGAAUUAUUUUUAUUUAAGGCAAGGAGGAACCACUAAGGUUUGCGAAAUUAUCAGCUUUUUCAAAGUUAAAAUCCUCAGUAGGUGCCGAACACAAAUAGUGCCACAAGGAAAACUAGAAAGGAAUGUGAAAUGGACAAUUUUAAAUAAAAUUUAAUUGCUUAGAUUGAUUCAAUCAACGAUAAGAACAGUUUCAAAGAGGUUGAGCAAGCUUUUCAGUCAAUUAACACAUUCGGCGAAGGCGAAGUUCAGCAGGUUUCUUUUUCUUCUUACUUGACUCGUCCAUCAUAUUAUAUGAUAAUCUUGGGAAAAAAAUGAUCAGCAAUUUCAUUUUUCUUUUUAAUCUGAAUUUCCUGAAUCGAAUUUUUUUGCUUAAUAGAACAAUUAUGCCGCACAAUACGUUAGAGAUUCAUUGGCAAAGGUUUUUUAAUUUAGAUUAAUUUAAUAUAUUGUACCGAAGAGAAUAUAUUGCAAAAAACGGAAAAGUACCACCUAAUAUUUCAAUAUUUAAUUUUUCCAUUUCUUUGGUUGAUUACAUUGGCCAUUAGGAUUCGAAAUCAGCUGAUCUCUAUCUUAUGCGCUGCUAUUAGGACUACUUUUUUUGAAGAAUCAUAGUUGAAAUAGACAAAUGGUGAUUUGAAACCACACAUUAAUUAUUCUUAUUGCGGCAUUUUAUGAUACCAUCGUUAUAUUUAGCUUCGAAGAAUUCUUAAAGUUUUUUUUUAAAACUUUUUUCUUCUCAUAAAUCAGACUCAUUAGCAUUGGAAACACUUCAUUAAUUUCAGAUGAAUGAACUUGUAAUGAAAUAUGAAUAAAGCUUUGAAAUGAGAGCAUCGACCCACUGCGCCAUUAUGUUCUUCCAGCCAUUGCAAUAGCACAAAAUUUUUAAAUAAUUUAUAUUUUUUUGUUAGGUAACUAAUUCCAUUAGGAAUUCAUAGAUUUUAAUAGGCUAAGAAUAAAAUUUAUUAGACAAAUUAUAUCUUUCAUUUUUUAACUUAACUUACUUUGACAUUUAUGAAAAUUUUUCGCAUUUUCAUUUCAAGAAAUAUUCGUAUUUAUAAUAUUAUAAAAAGUAAAAAGACCCAUCCUAAAGAAUUCAAACUUUGGUACUUUAAAUUCAUUAGGAAGAAUUAGAGUAAUAGAACGAAAUUUAAAAUGAUGUCGCUGAUGGGUUAUAGCAAAAGAAUACGGGAUAAGGCGGUUAUAAAGCAUCAUAAUAGAUUCUAAUGAAGUGAAAGGAUUAUAAUCACAAAGGAUUGAGAUAAAUAUAAUUUGAGAUAAAUAUAAUAUAUAACAUACUGGCAAGGCUGAGUCGCCAGCAUCUCGCGGAUUUUUGUGCAGUUUAAAUUCCUCUGCGAGGAAUCGAACCUAGGCUCCAAAUCGAGCAACAACCCAAUGAGCUAUUCUAUCCCCGAAGCUUAUUACUGGUUACGCUGGCUUCACUGACUCCAAGGACAAGGCGUUUCCAAAUUUCGCGCUCUGAUGCCUUCGUCAACAGAAGCCAUUCCUUUUUCCAUCGUCUAAGUCCAUAUAUUGCUAGUUCACCCAUAAGUUUAAAAUCUUUCCUGAUCGUGUCAGUCCAAGUCUUGAUUGGUCUCGCUUUAUGACACUACUCAUCACAAUUAUGUAGGAAGAUAGAGAGGAGAAAAAAGAUGGAGUUGCCAUAUUUUGGGCGACGAAUUUUUCUCGAACACCCACAGAAAACUACAAAAGUGGAUACAAAAUAUACAUUAAAUAUAAAAAAUAUUAUAAAAAUAUAAAAAAUAUAUUAUCAUAUAUAUAAUAAAAUAUAUAAACAAAUAAAAUAUUUGUAAUUACUUUACUAUAAAGUAAUUGGAAAUGAGAUUUGAUAAUACAAUUCUAAGAUAUCAUUCAGCUAAACAGCCAUAAUUGAUGAACUUUGAUUAUUUAUGUUUGCUUAAUAUAUAGUUUAUAUAGUUUCGGAUUAGAACAAAUGGAACGAGCCAAGUGAAAUAAGAAUACUUGAAGAAUAUUUGAAGAUGAAAAAUUUAUUUUUCUUUAAUAGCCGAUUAUUUUGAUAGUGAGCGGCCUAAUUUUGUAUAAAAUUUAAAUUUUUUAUAAAAUUUUUAAAAAAAUUUUACUAGCGAAUAUUUCAGCUAUCAAGGCUAAUUGGCAUACUUUGUGAUUAUUUCGAAAGGUAUUCUUUUCUUUAUCGCUAAAAACAUUGUAUUUUAUAUUUAUUUUUUAAAUUUGUGUACUUUUUUAAAAAAAUUUAUUUAUUUUUUUUUAAUUAUUUAGUUUUUCCAAUUUAAAUAAAUUUGCUAAUUCCAUAAAUUUUGGUUCAUUUAAAUUUUUCGAUAAAUUUGUCCAUGGAUAUAUUUGAAAUGCUCAGUUAUACUCAGUUAAUGCCCCUCAAACAGGAAAAUGAUAAAUUUGCAUAAAUAUUUCCUUUUUUCUUUAUAAUUUUAUAAUUUCCCAAGGAUUAUCGCUUUUCUUAUGGAGCACAUGCUAAACUAAUCAUAAAGAAAUAUGUAACCUUAUCAGUUCCAAAUUUUCAUUGGUAUAUUGAGAAGGGUUAUGCGCUUUGUUCACUGAUUGCUGUCAAUGAAUCGUUAAUAGGCACUGUAGUUCGAAGCGCCGAUUCUAUUCUUUUCUACUUUGCAAAAUUUGGGCAUUCAGUACUGGCGACUCACCUACACUUCUAUCGUCAAAUGUUACAGUGGCAAAAAUUUGGUCCGACGAUGAUAAAUAUUACUAAGAAGGAGCCUAUGAUAUACGAUUUACAAUUCGUUUAUACCAUUUAUCACCAUAAUAAAUCACUAUUAAAUAAUAUCUUUCUAAGUUAAAAUCCACAAGAAAUACAAAAAUCAAAAAUUUUGGUUUUUCAUGCUUUUUUUCCAUUAUUUAUAAAUUACUUUUAAUCGACUAAAGGAAAUGAAAAAUUGACAUGGGCAAAGGCACAGACGAAAUUCGAUCGCCAGAAGACGCAUAGUUUUAACUUUUUUGACGAUCCUAAGUGAUAUCCUAAGUGAA